AUGAAAAAGAAAAUGUUAUACUUCAUCCUUCUCCCUCUCCUACUCCUUUUGGCUUACAAAUUCCUCUACUCCGAAAGGCGCCAUUUUAAUCUCCCACCGGGACCACCGUCACGUCCCUUCGUCGGCCAUCUCCACCUCAUGCAACCACCGAUUCACCGUCUCCUCCAACGCUACUCCGACAAAUACGGCCCUAUCUUCUCCCUCCGUUUCGGCUCACGCCGCGUCGUCGUCAUAUCUUCCUCUUCACUCGCACAAGAAUCCUUCACCGGCCAAAACGACAUCGUUCUCUCUAGCCGGCCACUCCAGCUCACUGCCAAAUACGUCGCCUAUAACCACACUACCGUCGGAACCGCUCCUUACGGCGACCACUGGCGUAACCUCCGCCGCAUUUGCUCCAACGAAAUCCUAUCCACGAAACGUCUCACCAAUUUCCUCCACAUCCGUAAAGACGAGAUCCGCCGUAUGCUCACGAGAAUCUCACGUGACACUCACUCCGACGACGGAAGCAGUUUCACUCACAUCGAGCUCGAGCCACUUCUCUCCGAUCUAACGUUCAACAACAUCGUAAGAAUGGUGACGGGGAAGAGGUAUUACGGAGACGACGUCCAUAACGAGGAAGAAGCAGAGCUGUUUAAGAAGCUCGUUUACGAUAUCGCCGUGUACAGUGGCGCGAACCAUUCGGCAGAUUACUUGCCUGUGCUGAAACUGUUCGGAAACAAGUUCGAAGAGGAAGUUAAGGCUAUUGGCAAAUCCAUGGAUGAGAUUCUGCAGCGUUUGCUCGAUGAUUGUAGGAGAGACAAAGAUGGUAACACAAUGGUCACUCACUUGCUCUCUUUGCAACAACAAGAGCCAGAGUACUACAGUGACGUCACUAUCAAAGGGCUAAUGAUGGCGAUGAUGCUCGCCGGGACCGAGACUUCCGCCGUAACUCUAGAAUGGGCGAUGACGAAUUUGCUGAGAUAUCCAGAAGUGUUGGAGAAGGCGAGAUCGGAGAUCGAUGAGAAGAUCGGAAAAGACCGCCUGAUCGACGAACCAGACAUCGCCGUCCUUCCUUACCUCCAGAACGUCGUCUCCGAGACGUUCCGGCUAUUCCCAGUGGCGCCUCUUCUAAUCCCUCGCACGCCGACGGAGGACAUGAAAAUCGGCGGCUACGAUGUACCGCGCGACACGAUCGUGCUUGUCAACGCUUGGGCUAUACACAGAGAUACUGAGCUUUGGGAUGAACCAGAGAGGUUUAAUCCGGAUCGGUAUGACAACGGAUGCGGAAGCGAGUACUACACUUAUAAGCUGAUGCCGUUUGGAAACGGCCGGAGAAUUUGUCCCGGCGCCGGAUUAGGGCGGAGGAUCGUGACAUUGGCGCUGGGAUCGUUGAUUCAGUGCUUCGAUUGGGAAACUGUGAAAGGCGAAGAGAUUGAUAUGAGUGAGAGUGCUGGGUUGGGUAUGCGCAAGAUGGACCCUUUACGGGCCAUGUGCAGGCCUCGGCCCAUUAUGACUAAGCUUUUAAUCUACAAGCAUUUCCUCUUCUCCAAAAAGCACCGUUUUAACCUCCCGCCGGGACCACCGUCACGUCCCUUCGUCGGUCAUCUCCACCUCAUGAAACCACCGAUCCACCGUCUCCUCCAACGCUACUCCAACAAACACGGUCCAAUCUUCUCCCUCCGUUUCGGCUCCCGCCGCGUCGUGGUGAUUACCUCGCCUUCGCUCGCACAAGAAUCCUUCACCGGCGAAAACGACAGUGACUCCGACGACGGAAGCCGUUUCACUCACAUCGAGCUCGAGCCGCUCUUAUCCGAUCUAACGUUCAACAACAUCAUAAGAAUGGUUACAGGGAAGAGGUAUUACGGAGACGACGUCAACAACAAGGAGGAAGCAGAACGGUUCAAGAAACUCGUUUAUGAUAUCGCCAUGUACAGUGGCGCGAACCAUUCCGCAGAUUACUUGCCGGUGCUGAAACUGUUCGGAAACAAGUUCGAGAAAGAGGUUAAGGCUCUUGGCAAGUCCAUGGAUGAUAUUUUGCAGCGUUUGCUCGAUGAGUGUAGGAGAGAAGAGAAUGGUAACACAAUGGUCAAUCAUUUGCUCUCUCUCCAACAACAAGAGCCAGAGUACUACACUGAUGUUAUCAUCAAAGGCCUAAUGAUGUCGAUGAUGCUCGCCGGGACAGAAACCUCCGCCGUAACACUAGAAUGGGCGAUGACGAAUUUGCUGAAACAUCCAGAAGUACUGGAGAAGGCGAGAUCGGAGAUCGAUGAGAAGAUCGGCAAGGACCGUAUGAUCGACGAACCAGACGUCGCCAUGCUUCCUUACCUCCAGAACAUUGUGUCCGAGACAUUCCGGCUAUUCCCGGUGGCGCCGUUCCUGAUUCCUCGCAAAACGACGGAGGACAUGAAAAUCGGCGGCUACGACGUGCCGCGUGACACGAUUGUGUUGGUUAACGCUUGGGCUAUACAAAGAGAUCCAGAGUUCUGGGAUGAACCAGAGAGGUUUAAUCCGGAUAGGUUUAGCAACGGAUGCGGCAGCGAGUACUACGCUUAUAAGCUUAUGCCGUUCGGAAACGGCCGGAGAAUUUGUCCCGGUGCCGCAUUAGGGCGGAGGAUCGUGACACUGGCGCUGGGAUCGUUGAUUCAAUGCUUCGAUUGGGAAACUGUGAAAGGCGAAGAGAUUGAUAUGACGGAGAGUCCUGGGUUGGGUAUGCGCAAGAUGGAUCCUUUACGGGCUAUGUGUAGGCCUAGGCCCAUUAUGGGUAAGCUUCAAAUCUAGCUCAAAGAAGUAUAAAAGUGAAAAAUAAAUAUUGUAAUGACUGUUUUAAGGAUUUGAUCUCUUUUUCAGUCAAAUAUUGUGUAUUGAUCUUUUUCACUGUGUACUUUAGAAAAAGUUUUUAAGAAUAUUAUCCUACAAUGACUUUUAAGAAAUU